GAUGGGAAGGCUAGAUGACACAACCGAAAAGAAAAAAGUUAUAGUCUAUGCUCGUCAUCCUAUAAUCAGGCUCACGAGUGUUUUAAAAAGGUUUAAAUUGUGCACUUCGAGGAAUCACAAGAAACUGGUCCUACAAAUGGUUAAUUUACCAGAGCCCCGAACUGGAGAGUUUACCAAUCUGUUUGAAAACAUCACCAUGGAUUUUACCGGACCUAUAUGCAAAACUAUGGAGGGAAACAAAGUUUACCUACUCGUCACCUCUUUCUUGAGAUCUAGAGCAGUACAAAUUCUACCUACCACUUCCCUCUCAACGAAGAAAAAACUAGAGAUAGAUGGAAACACAUUCAAGAUCGAAGGAGCUGAUAAUAAAGAGAAGAAUCUAAUAAUUGAUGCAAAAAGUAAAAGAAUAUUUGGUAAAUACCAAUGUAUAGGAGAUAAUGGAUAUACUGAAGAUGUUUCGACUGAAAUACAAUUGAAGCACUCGUUUAAUCAUGACCUGCUACAAGAAAUUCAAUUUCCACCCACAAUUAUUAACCAUCCGGCUCGUCUAAAAGUUUACGCUGGUAGGGAGGAUCUUAAUAUAAAUUGUGGAGCGAAAGGUCCUAAUGGUGAUCUAGUUGGACCAAGCGGAAAGCUUGAUUAUGAAUGGUACCACAGGAAAAGUGAACAGGAUCCAUGGGUAAAGAUUAACAUUAUCGGAGAAGCUGGUUGGGCUUGGACUUCUGAGAACGAUAACGGAAAUAUCAGAAUCAAACAGGAAAUUGUUUCAGAUGAUCGGGCCAAAUAUUCGGGAGAAUAUCAAUGUAUUGUGUCUCUUGACAAUCACUAUAAAGUUAAAUCUAGUAUUGGUCUACUUGUCCACUACGCAAUUCCUCUCACAAGUAACACUCCUGUGCAUUUGGAUAUAAAUCGACACACGCACUUCAUUAUUGAACCAAAAUAUAUAAAACUUGAUUGUAAUUUAAUUGAAUGUCAAAAUUUUCGUAUAAGACCUAAAAUUGAAGGCAAACCUGAUCCUGGUAUCUUCCGCUCUUCUCGAAUGGUUUAUGAUAGAGAAACUGGUCAUUUUAUAGUAAUGCGAGCUGAUUCAGAAGAUAAUGACAGACGAUUUCAUAUACUUUUUGAUUUUAUUGAAUCAAGUGUAGGUGAAACAAAUGACCCACGUGAUAUUAGAAUUACAGGCGAUCAAAGUAACAUCAAUAACGAUAUUAUUUAUCAUACAACAACAAAUAAUAACAACCAGAACGAAUUUCAUCGUUUUUCUAAAGAAGAUAUUUCAUUUACUUGUGCCGUGAAAGGAAACCCCCUUCCCUCUCUAACCUGGUCAAAAGAGAGUGGAAGUAUACCACCAAAAGCUGAUAGGAGUGAACCAUACCGUCUAAAGAUAGGUGAUCUUCAACCUGGCGACUCGGGAGUUUAUAAAUGCUCCAUCGGAUCUGGAAUUGAAAAAACAUUCUCUCUUAAAGUAGAAGAUUUCUUCGAUUUCGAGGAUAAACCGGAAAACCAAAAUGCUAGUGUUGGUGACACGAAUAUACAGUGGAAAUGUAGAGGAACACCUGGACAGCACAACUAUGAAUUUAACGUUAAUGGAGAAAAACCUGUUAGUGACUUUUAUGUUGCAAACUACAUCAUGAAUUUGGAGAAGGUAGAGAGAACUCAUGAAGGAGUAAUUCAAUGUAAUAUCAAUAAACCGUCGACAAGGGAAAGUAAAAGUUCAUCAGCCUACUUUCUGGUCUUUGAUAAAACAACAAUAACUGCUAAAAAUGAAGCUGAAAUUAAUGUUACUCACGAUAUGGAUAAGAUCAAACUAGAAUGUAAUGUUUCAGUAGAUAAUAGAUUGCCAUUUUCACUACACUGGUAUAAAGAUGGAGAAAAACUAGAAAUAGAUGGAAACACAUUUAAGAUCGAGGGAGCUGAUAAUAAAGAGAAGAAUCUAAUAAUUGAUGCAAAAAGUAAAACUAUAUUCGGUAAAUACCGAUGUAAAGGAGAUAAUGGAUAUUCUGAAGAUGUUUCGGCAGAAAUAACAUUGAAGCCCUCAACUAAUCAUGUCCUGCUACAAGAAAUUCAAUUUCCACCCACAAUUGUUAACCAUCCGGCUCGUCUAAAAGUUUACGUUGGUAGGGAGGAUCUUAAUAUAAAUUGUGGAGCGAAAGGUCCUAAUGGUGAUCUAGUUGGACCGAGCGGAAAGCUUGAUUAUGAUUGGUACCACAGGAAAAGUGAACAGGAUCCAUGGGUAAAGAUUAACAUUAUCGGAGAAGCUGGUUGGGCUUGGACUUCUGAGAACGAUAACGGAAAUAUCAGAAUCAAACAGGAAAUUGUUGCAGAUGAUCCAGCCAAAUAUUCGGGAGAGUAUCAAUGUAUAGUGUUUCUUGACAAUCGCUAUAAAGUUAAAUCUAGUAUUGGUCUACUUGUCCACUACGCAAUUCCUCUCACAAGUAAUGCUCCUGUUCAUUUGAAUAUAAAUCGACUAGCACACUUCAUUAUUGAGCCAAAAUAUAUAAAACUUGAUUGUAAUUUAAUUGAAUGUCAAAAUUUUCGUAUAAGACCUAAAAUUGAAGGCAAUCCCGAUCCUGCUAUCUUCCGCUCUUCUCGAAUGGUUUAUGAUAGAGAAACUGGUCAUUUUAUAGUAAUGCGAGCUGAUUCAGAAGAUAAUGACAGACGAUUUCAUAUACUUUUUGAUUUUAUUGAAUCAAGUUCAGGUGAAAUAAAUCAACCACGCGAUAUUAGAAUUACAAACGAUCAAAGUAACAUCAAUAACGAUAUUAUUUAUCACACAACAACAAAUAAUAACAACCAGAACGAGUUUCAUCGUUUUUCUAAAGAAGAUAUUGCAUUUACUUGUGCCGUAAAAGGAAACCCCCUUCCCUCUCUAACCUGGUCAAAAGAGAAUGGUAAUAUAUCAUCAAAGGCUGAUAGGAGUGAACCAUAUCGUCUAAAAAUAGGUGAUCUUCAACCUGGCGACUCGGGAGUUUACAAAUGCUCCAUCGGAUAUGGAAUUGAAAAAACAUUCUCUCUUAAAGUAGAAGAUUUCUUCGAUUUCGAGGAUAAACCGGAAAACCAAAAUGCUAGUGUUGGUGACACGAAUAUACAGUGGAAAUGUAGAGGAACACCUGGACAGCACAACUAUGAAUUUAACGUUAAUGGAGAAAAACCUGUUAGUGACUUUUAUGUUGCAAACUACAUCAUGAAUUUGGAGAAGGUAGAGAGAACUCAUGAAGGAGUAAUUCAAUGUAAUAUCAAUAAACCGUCGACAAGGGAAAGUAAAAGUUCAUCAGCCUACUUUCUGGUCUUUGAUAAAACAACAAUAACUGCUAAAAAUGAAGCUGAAAUUAAUGUUACUCACGAUAUGGAUAAGAUCAAACUAGAAUGUAAUGUUUCAGUAGAUAAUAGAUUGCCAUUUUCACUAGACUGGUAUAAAGAUGGGGAAAAACUAGAAAUAGAUGGAAUCACAUUCAGGAUCGAAGGAUCUGACAAUAAAGAGAAGAAUUUAGUAAUUGAUGCAAAAAGUAAAAAUAUAUUCGGUAAAUACCGAUGUAAAGGAGAUAAUGGAUAUACUGAAGAUGUUUCGACUGAAACAACAUUGAAAUUUUUGGAUUUGAAGCCCUUAGUUGGUACAGCCACUAUAAUGUCAUUUUCGUGGUUGGUUUUGUUAUCUGUAAUUUGGAGUAACCAUCUUCUCGAGAUUACAAGAAUCAAUAAUCCUUCAGAAGUUAAGGUUAUUACUGGGAAUGAACCCUUAGUUAUACCGUCGAAAUGUGAUCAUGGAGAUCGUUAG